UCCCCACUUGUUCUCUCGAUCAAAAGAAACAAAAACUUUGAACGGAAUUUUUUUUUUCACUUCGAUUCGUUUUUUCUUGGCAGAUUCCUCAUUUUCUCAAUCACUCUCCUUCUUCGGUUUCAAUUCCACACCCGGUGAAAGCGAUCCGAUCUUCAUCUCUCUUCCCACGUUGUUCUUUUGAUUCCGUUUCGAGUUUUGCCUAGUAUCUAGGGUUUACGAGGGUCGUCGAAGGAGGUCGGUUUAUUUUCCCUUUUCUGAUCGAAGGUUUGAGGCUUGGAUGGUUCUGUAGUAGCUGCUGAAUAAUGACCUCUAGCACAGCAGGAGAUCGAAGCCGAUGGAGUACUGCAAGAAGAAGUGGCAUGACUAUACUAGGAAAGAUUGCAGUCCCAAAACCCAUUAAUUUACCGAGCCAAAGGUUAGAAAAUCAGGGUCUUGACCCAAAUGUGGAAAUUGUGCCUAAGGGAACCCUUAGUUGGGGCAGCAAAUCAUCUCUGAACGCAUGGGGUUCAUCGCCAUUGUCACCACGGAAUGAAAGCGGUGGUUCUGCAAGUCAUCUCAGUAAUCGUUCUUCUUCUGGUGGAACUUGUACUCGACCAUCAACUGCUGGUAGUGAUAGAGCGCAUGAAUCGUCUGCUAAUGCAUGGAAUUCAAACUCUCGGCCUUCAUCAGCGUCUGGUGUGUUACCAUCUAAUCAGGUUGGGCCACUGCGUCCGAAUAGUGCAGAGACGAGACCUGGUAGUUCGCAGUUAUCCCGCUUUGCUGAAGCUGCGCCAGAGAAUUCUGCAGUAUGGGGCCAACAUACGGCAGAGAAGUUGGGAGUUGAUCCAGUAAAGAAUUAUGGGUUUUCUUUGACUUCUGGAGAUUUUCCUUCACUAGGUGCUGAGAAAGAAAGUUCAGGAAAGAGCGCAGGACCACAAGAUCAUGGUCCACAUGUUUGUCCUGGAUCAUCAUUUGGAAGAUCAACAACUGCAGAAGAGCAAGAUGGCUUUCCUGCAGACGCUAAUGUAAGGAGUGGAGAAGUCAAUACGUGGAGAAGAGAUCAUCAACCGUAUGGUGAAGAUGGACCCAGGCAUUUCAUAGAGGAAAGGCAAAUGGAUACUCGUGGUCUUCAACCGUAUCCUAAUGCUAAUUUUCCUUCUCCUCAUCACUUUGACAGUUGGCGUGGCCCUCCAAUGGGUAAUCAUCCAGGCGGUGUUUGGUACAGAGGGAGCCCCCCACCGUAUGGACCCCCAGUUGGAGUUGGUCCUGGGGGCUUUCCGAUGGACCCAUUUCCAUAUUAUCCUCAGGUUCCAGCUGCUCCUGGACACGGUACUGGUCCUAGGGGUGACCACUCUGCACAUGGAGAUAUGUACACACCUCCAAUGCCGGAUUCUUAUGUCCGUCCAGGGAUGCCGAUUAGACCCGGGUUUUACCCCGGUCCUGUACCCUAUGAAGGCUACUAUGGUCCUCCAAUGGGGCACUACAACCCGCACAAUCAGGAUAUGCCUUUUGUUGGGAUGCCACUAGGUCCCUAUGGUUAUAACAAGCAUUCGGGUCCAGGUGGAUUUGGUCCGACUGGGAGGCCAUUGGCGUCGGAACAGGUCGAACCUGAUCACUCCCAAGAACGAGGACCAUACAAGGUUCUUUUGAAGCCACAGGAGGGAUGGUUAGGGAGCAGUCGUAAUAACGAAGUUAAACAGAGUUCAUCUUCAAACUGUGACAGGAAAGCAGAAGUCAGAAAUGAUAGAAAUAUGGAGUCGAGAAGAAUAUUUGUCAGUUCAGAGACUUCUUCGCAGACCUGGGAAGGUGGUUCUUUUGACACUGUCAAAUCAAAGUUGCAUGAUGAACAAGUAUUGCUUGAGGCUGGUGGUGAUAUUCAAACUAGCAAGGAAGAAAAUGUUGCCCCUGGAGAUCCCAGUUUGAGUAAAAAAAUAGAGGGCUUAAAUGCAAAAACCCGUACUGGUGAUGGUCGGCAACAUGCCUCCUCAUCUGUCUCCAGUAGCGACGACGAGCAAGGGAGCAAACGGCGUACAAUCAGCUCUGAAAGUUCGGUAAAAAAAGUUUCAACAAGAAAUACUCGAACUGUUCAAGAUAAUGAUAGCAAGGGCCGAGGCUUCUAUGGAACGGGUGAUCAAGCCGCAAUUAGGAACCCUGAACAAGCAGCCAUAUCCAGGAAACCUGCUCAUGGGACUCAAGGCAAAGCGGAUCAUCAGAGCAAAGGAAGAGUGAUCAAUGAAGACAGUGAUGGUUGGCGAAAGAAAGCUGCUGUUUCAGGCUCCUCCAGAGCAAUAUCAUCUACAAACCCGGAGAACUUUGCAAAAGCCCAUAUGGGUGACCCGUUGAAUACGGAUUCCAAGCAUAAGCCUGUGCCUGAUCCUCUAUGGAAGAAAGAGGGGGAGACUUUAUCUACAGAUUCAAGUGAUAGCCAGCGUUUUAGGAUGAGAGAGUUGGCCAUGCAGCGUGCUCUACAGCGCCAGAAAGAGGAGGAAGAAAGAGCAAGAGAUCAGCGGGCUAAGGCUCAUUCAAAACUAGAAGAGUUGAAUAGGCGCACCCAAGUAGAGGAAGAUUCAGCUAAGAGCGUGGAAGCUGCAUCUUGUGCAACCGAGGAUCCUGAGUCUCUUUCAACUGCCCUUUUGCCAUCAAGCUUCAAUUUGGUAGCAGGCCAUGCUGUGCAACCAUUCCUUGAGGCAAAAACCACAUUUGGAGAUGAAAUAUAUGAGGAGCCAACUGGGGAGAUUAGAAAGAGUGAUGUGCAAGAAGUAACAACUUUAACCGAGGAUGUGAUAAAUGCAGAUCCCAUUCAAAUGGAUAAUUUUUCACGUGUUCAUGAUGGUGGUGCCUUAAAGCAAAAUCGUGUGGGUUAUAAGCAGAAGCAGAAUGUCGUUUUUAAGAAAAAAGUGGCUGGGAACUCUCAUGCUACUGAUACACGCGAGGCAGUUGUUGGUGUUCCAUCUCCCGAUGUUGUCAAUGAAGGUGUACUAAGCUGUAACACAGAUACGCUUGCAAGAUCGAGCAUGACAACUGAGUCAACCUACCCAAAAAGAAAAAAUAAUAGGAACGGUAAGAAAAAGCUUAGGGUUGAGGAGACAACAACAGAUGGUAGUACUUCAGGACAUGUGGGAGAAGAAACAAAAUCUAAGGAUGAAUCAAUUGAGACUGGUAAGGAAAAGGUUGCAGAAAUGCAGUUGGGAUCGGACUCAGUUCCAUGUCAAAUGGAUUCAAAAGAGUCAGGUGAUCCUGCUGAGUGUAUCACUUCCUUGGCUAAUGAGGGGGCAGGAGGCAGGGCAAAGAAUCUGUGGAAAUCUCAGCAUUCAGGUAGGCCUCAAAGAAAUUCACAGGGGAAUAAGCUCGCUGAGAAGUUUCAUGGCACCGAUGCUGUUGUCUGGGCGCCUGUGCGCGCACAGCAGAAAGCUGAUACCCCAGUUGAAGCAAACCAGAAAUGUGUGGCUGAAUCUGUUUCCUCUGCAAAGAGUGGGCAACAAGUUCAGAACAAUUCUAAAAGCAAGAGAGUGGAGAUGGAGAGAUAUGUACCGAAGCCCAUAGCAAAAGAAAUGGCUGAGCAAAGUGUCAGUGAAAAGGAAGUAGCUGCUCCAGAAACUCCAGAAAAUGCCCAGAAUGAAAAUAGUGGUUCUGAAGGUACUGAAACUCUCCACCAUUCCGAUUCAGCCAUGGAGAAAUCUGGAUCUGUUUCAGAGUCGAGGCAUGGGAAUGGUAGGCAGAACAAACAUGGUAGAGUGCGUGGAUCAUGGCGCCCGCGCGGACCUGUUGGAUCGACUAAAGCUUUGGAAGAUGGGCAAAUUGUAAAUUCUGAUCAGAAUGUGCAAAGAACAGUGAAUUAUCAUCAACCCACGAAGAAAGACAUAGGUUUUGUCAGAGAGCAAACCACAUCUCAUGAUGAUGAAUGGGGUGAUGGCUGGAAUAUGAUUCCUGAAAAUCUGAACUCCACAGCGACUGCUCCUCAAGCUGUUGCUAUUGGAAAGGAUCAGAUGACCAUCCACAACAUGCAGCAAACUUUCAGAGGCAACAAAGGUGGAGGAAGUAACUAUGGUGACAACAAAAAAGCCAAUCGUCGAGUUUCUAAUAGAGGUUAUGUGCAGCAUUUGGGUUCUGGUGCAAGUCAACCAGAUUCGCCGGGUGCUUCGAAAGAAAAUCAUGGUACCGGAGGAGAUCAAUCAUCUUCUCAAUGGCAACCGAAGAAGCAGACACCCAUUUCCUCGGAUCAAAAAGCAGACAAGUUCGGUGGAUCUGAAAGUACAAGAGUUGAAGCUGGUAGAGCUAAUGAAAAGGAUACACCUGGUGAUGGGCAACAAGGGUUCACUAGAGAAUGGAGGACGACACCACCUGAUAGACACGCUCGGUCUCAAUCCCAAGCACCAACAAAUAAAGAUGUUCAUUUAGAGCAAAACUCGAAUUCAGGGUUCCCCAAGAACACAAACCAGUUUCGACAUUACGGGAGGGGUCAUGACUCCCGAGGAGAUUGGGGUUCAGCGGCGCAAGAUGAUUUGCACCGUCAGAAGCCAUUUUCAAGCAGGGAUAGGCCGAGGCAGAAUUCCCAUUACAAGUACCAGCCUGUUGGUAAUGCAGGCCAAGCGAAAGAGAGUUCUCAGACCUCGGGACCAAGAUACAAGGAGAAAGUGCACGGCUACCAAAGGCAUGGUGGAGAAAGGCUAUAUGAACAGCAUAGAGGCAAUGUUCGGAGAGACGAGUUAUGAUUGGUGGAGACAGCUUCUUUCUCGUUAGAUUUUAAGCGCGGGUACGUCAUUCCCGUUGCAAUUUUUUCAGUUACUCUGAUGAAGGACUCGAUUUCAGAAGUACGUGUAACCGUCUGUUGGCUCCAUUUGGUGGUUGCCCGUGUAACCCGAGCAGCAGAAAAUAUAACUUGCUUGGUGAGAGGUAAUAUUUUCCAAGUCUCUUAAUUUGAUAAAUGCAUUCUGGACUUGAGCCUUUUCGUGUGAGAGCAAUUGUGUUUGGCAGUGGAAAAACUAUCUGAGUCUUGCCUGUUUCUUUGAUUCGAGUCUCUGUUGGCUUCUCUUUUUCCCUGGGCUUUGUGCAGUAAAAGCAACUCACACAUGAAGAGUUGUGAUUUAUCUCACACUGGGAAUUGUGUAGCAUAGUGGAAUACAAUCUCCUUUGGGUUAA